UCUAUAUUUCGGGUUGGUAGCCGGGUCCGGGUUGUUUCCAACAUUCGAAUUCGGAACGCACGUUGAUGGAGCCGAGCUCAGGGUCUGGGGAUCGCAGCAUCAAAGGUAUAUCAAUUCAUGGUGGACUCUAUGUUCAGUACAACGUUUAUGGUAACCUCUUCCAACUUCCCUCUAAAUACGUUCCUCCUAUUCGUCCCAUCGGCCGUGGUGCUUACGGUAUUGUCUGUGCUGCUAUGAAUUCAGAGACACGAGAGGAGGUUGCUAUAAAGAAAAUCGGUAAUGCAUUUGACAACCGGAUUGAUGCCAAAAGGACAUUGCGAGAGAUCAAGCUUCUUCGUCACCUGGAUCAUGAGAAUGUUAUUGCCAUCAAGGACAUCAUACGGCCUCCACAGAGGGAGAACUUUAAUGAUGUUUACAUCGUUUAUGAAUUGAUGGACACUGAUCUUCAUCAAAUCAUACGAUCCAAUCAAUCAUUGGCAGAUGAUCAUUGUCGGUACUUUCUAUAUCAGGUUCUACGAGGGCUCAAAUAUGUACACUCAGCAAAUGUCUUGCAUCGGGAUUUAAAGCCUGGCAAUUUAUUUCUGAACGCAAAUUGUGACCUUAAAAUUGGAGAUUUUGGACUUGCAAGGACAACAUCUGAAACCGAUUUCAUGACAGAAUAUGUAGUUACUCGUUGGUACCGGGCACCGGAAUUGCUUCUUAAUUGUUCUGAAUACACUGCUGCAAUUGAUAUUUGGUCUGUGGGUUGCAUACUUGGUGAAAUCAUGAGUAGACAACCCCUCUUCCCCGGCAAAGAUUAUGUGCAUCAGCUGAAGCUCAUUACAGAGCUUAUAGGUUCUCCAGAUGAUUCCAGCCUUGGGUUCCUUCGAAGCGACAAUGCCCGAAGAUACGUUAGGCAGCUCCCACAUUACCCAAGGCAAAAUUUCUCUGCUAGAUUCCCUAACAUGUCACCUGGUGCCAUUGAUUUGCUAGAAAAGAUGCUCAUCUUUGAUCCCCAUAGGCGCAUUACGGUGGAUGAGGCACUAUGUCACCCCUAUUUGGCACCACUUCAUGACAUCAAUGAGGAGCCAGUUUGCCCUACUCCUUUCAGUUUUGAUUUUGAGCAACCAUUUUUUACUGAAGAAAAUAUCAAGGAGCUCAUCUAUAGGGAGUCUCUAAAAUUCAACCCGGACCCAAUGUGUUGAGGAUUAUGCCUGAAUAUAUAUAUAUAUAUAUGUAUAUAAACGAU